CGGUGUGCGCCGUUGUUCAGCGUGUGUCCCUCGGUCAGUCGACCUGUCAUUAGUGUCCCCUCCGGUGUUCCACCAUGUCCCGGUGUCUGGCUCUGGCUCGGUUCGCUCUCGGUUCUGCUCAGAGGACCAACUGUCGGCUCGUGCCAUGUGCACGAGGACUGUGCAGCCGAACUGUCUCGCGCUCCCCGUCUGCAGACCUGCAGGUUGGACAGCUGCAGCGGUGGAGCAGCCGGCCCAGAGUGUGGAGCUCUCAGCGGUCCUGCCUCGGCUUCAGCCAGCAGUCCUACUACAGCACCCAGGAGGCCGAGAAAGAGCCUGAAGAGGAACCUCUUCACACCAUCAUCAGUGAUACGGAGGCUGUACAAGGUAGCUCCUCCAAACAUGAGUUUCAGGCGGAAACAAAAAAGCUGCUGGACAUUGUCGCCAGAUCUCUGUACUCUGAGAAAGAGGUGUUCAUUCGAGAGCUGAUCUCUAAUGGCAGCGACGCACUGGAGAAACUGCGCCACAAACUGAUGACAGCAGGAGGUGAAACGGCUCCAAUGGAGAUCCAUCUUCAGAGCGACGCUGAAAAGGGCACCUUCACUAUCCAGGACACUGGAGUUGGUAUGAACCAAGAGGAGCUGGUGGCCAACCUGGGUACUAUCGCCCGCUCUGGUUCCAAGGCGUUCUUGGACGCACUGCAGAACCAGGCCGAGGCCAGCAGCACCAUCAUUGGUCAGUUUGGAGUUGGAUUCUACUCUGCCUUCAUGGUGUCCGACCGUGUGGAUGUCUACUCCCGCUCCGCUGAGCCUGGUGCACCCGGGUACAAGUGGUCCUCAGACGGCUCUGGAGUUUUUGAGAUUGCUGAAGCCAGUGGCGUUCAACAGGGGACAAAGAUCGUGCUGCACCUCAAGGAAGACUGCAAGGAGUUUUCCUCUGAGGACAGAGUUAAAGAGGUUGUAACAAAAUACAGCAACUUCGUGAGCUUCCCCAUCUUCCUGAACGGACGGAGGCUCAACACUCUACAGGCCUUGUGGAUGAUGGAGCCUAAAGAGAUUAGCGACUGGCAGCACGAGGAGUUCUACCGCUACGUGGCUCAGGCCUACGACAAGCCCCGCUACACUCUGCACUACCGCGCCGACGCCCCGCUCAACAUCCGAAGCAUCUUUUACGUCCCUGAGACGAAGCCGAGCAUGUUUGACGUGAGCAGGGAGAUGGGCUCCAGUGUGGCUCUGUUCAGCAGGAAGGUCCUGAUCCAGACCAAAGCCACCGACAUCCUGCCCAAGUGGCUGCGCUUCCUUCGAGGCGUGGUGGACAGCGAGGACAUCCCACUUAAUCUGAGCAGAGAGCUGCUGCAGGAGAGCGCCCUCAUCAGGAAGCUCCGUGAUGUUCUGCAGCAGAGGAUCAUCCGCUUCCUGCUGGACCAGAGCAAGAAGGAGCCGGAGAAAUACAACAAGUUCUUUGAAGACUACGGACUCUUCAUGAGGGAGGGCAUCGUCACCACCCAGGAACAAGACGUCAAGGAGGAUAUUGCCAAGCUGUUGAGGUUUGAGUCGUCUGCUUUGCCGGCGGGCCAGCAGACAAGUCUGAUGGAGUACGGCUCCCGCAUGAAGGCCGGCACACGCAACAUCCACUACCUGUGCGCCCCCAACCGGCAUCUGGCAGAGCACUCGCCCUACUACGAGGCCAUGAAGCAGAAGGACAUGGAGGUGCUGUUCUGCUACGAGCAGUUUGACGAGCUGACGCUGCUCCACCUCAGAGAGUUUGACAAGAAGAAGCUGAUCUCGGUGGAGACCGACAUCGUGGUGGAUCACUACAAGGAGGAGAAGUUCGAGGACAGCAAACCAGCAUCUGAGCGUCUGACGCAGGAGCAGGCCGAUGACCUGAUGUCCUGGAUGAAGAACGCUCUGGGGCCCAGAGUCACCAACAUAAAGCUGACUCCUCGUCUGGACACCCACCCAGCCAUGAUCACAGUGCUGGAAAUGGGGGCCGCUCGCCACUUCCUCCGAACCCAGCAGCUGGCCCGAACCGCCGAGGAGAGAGCCCAGAUCCUGCAGCCCACGCUGGAGAUCAACGCAGGACAUGAUCUGAUCAAGAAGCUGCAGCAGCUGAAGGACACCGACUCUGAACUGGCUGGACUGUUGCUGGAGCAGAUCUAUGACAAUGCCAUGAUCGCAGCAGGCUUAAACGACGAUCCCCGACCCAUGAUUUCUCGUCUCAAUGAUCUCCUGACUAAAGCUCUGGAGAAGCACUGAGAGCUGCCUGCGGUUGGACUCUGUUUUGGCGACCUGUAGGUACCUGUACCUGUAGGUGAGGGCUUACGAAGCCGCAGAACUGCAGUUUGUGAAGAACGCUACAGGCCUUUGUUUAUCUGAAGCCAUAAAAAUCACCUCUUCCCCCCCGAUGGAGCACACGGCUGAAGAAGGAAAAACACGGAGCGACGUGAGUUCGGCGCCAUUUCAUCAGGAGUUUCAUGUAGAAGACCGUCUGGUCAUGAAGGUCGCUGCUGCGCCUGCUCAUUCAUGUCAGUGUGACCGUCACAUUCCCAUCAUGUCCAGAUAUGUGAAAAACAUUUUGUUUUCAGCGCUCCCAAAAUAAAUAGUUCAGCUCAGUGGCAUCCUGAAAACACUGGCUGCAUCCCAGUUUUCAGGAUUGGUCUCUUCAAAACCUUUCUGAGUCCUGUUGAAAUAGCUAAUGAUAGAUGGAGUCUGGCGCCUUGGAGGUUUGUGCUUCAGUUAGAAAUGGAAAACACCCCGAAUGCUGUUAUGGCUUAAUUUUAUUUUUUUCAUGUGCCCUCCCUAAUUUUUCAUCUUUUGUUAUAUUAAAUAUGUUACGUUCACUUUUGUGGUUUAUCAGGAGGUAAUAACCUGAAAUGUGGCAAGAUUUACUGUCUAUGUUCAGGAUUUGGGGAAUGUAAUGUGAGAAUGUUUUAAUUCUGUGGUGCCCGACACGCAUCCCAGCGUUAAAAACAAGAAGAAUCCAGUAAAUCCAGAACUUAUUGAAAAUACAAUUUAUUGCAUUUCAAAGCAACAUCUCUGCUGUGAGGGUCAAAACAUGAGAGAAACCUCGGCUUGGAGACGUCGUCCUCCUGCCUGCAGUCUGUCUCGGAACAUUUGGAGACAGACGGACUGCCGCUAGAAGGAAACAGUUCAAGUGAUUCUCGGUAGUUUCUCUGCCAGCGUCCCAGCACUGUCAGUCCAUCUGAAUCACAUCAGGGCACUCUGGCCCAUCAACCCUCCCGUCCAGGCUUCCUCCUCCUCCGUCAGCCGUCCUGCUUCAGGUCUCACCUCCUGACUGUCCAACAGCAUCAAAUCCCGGAUGAGCGUCAGGAAAGCUUGUCUAUGUUGGCCAAGAAGCGCUGGGCCCACCAUUCAUCCAGAUCUAUGGGCACGAAGGCUGAGAGACGGGAGAAAGGAGUUUAAGAGUCACCAUCUUAACAUAACCAUAAAAGUCUGCAGCCAUGUCUGUGGUGUGAGGACGUAACGGUGAUAAUACCCUAAAAAGCUACGGAAAUAAUGAAAUAUGUGAAGUAAACUUUCUGUGCUUGACGUCAGUGUCGUACAAUAAAAUAAUAGAUGAUCACAUUUUGAAUCUCAA